CUCUCGCUCUCGCCUCCAAUGCAACUUUUGCAGAAACCCCCAACACACACAGACAUGUUGAGCUGAGAGCUAGGGGGAUCGGCCGAGUCCCCCUUCCCCGACCCCAAAGUCCCAAAUCUGGGGGGGCCUCUAACCACCCCUCCCCUCACCCUUGACCUGUCCACUGUGCAUCGACCCUCCCCACACCUCUUCCACUCCCUGCUCCUUUUUUUGGUGGUGUUUUUGUUAGAUGGACAGGAUCAAGGUUGGAUUUUUCUGUCUCCCCCCGAUGAAGUGAGGCGGUGAUGCAGGAGGCUGGCAGCUUCGACUGUACGGAGAGACAGAGGCUCAAGAUGGCAGAUUUGUAUUGAGUUUGGGGGGCUGAGAUCUCGCUUCAUUUUUUAAAUGUUUUAAGAUAUUUUUUUUUUGCCAUGAAUAACACAUUCUUGCACCGAUGGCCCCUAUGUACGAAGGUAUGGCCUCGCAUGUGCAAGUUUUCUCCCCUCACACCCUUCAGUCAAGUGCCUUCUGUAGUGUGAAGAAACUGAAAGUGGAACCGAGUUCUAACUGGGAUAUGACUGGGUACGGCACACAUAGCAAAGUCUACAGCCAGACCAAGAACGUACAGUCCUCCCAAGCAGCAGCAGCAGCAGUCAACGCCUCCCUCCAGAUUCCCAACCCGAGUAUCCCUUACGAACAGACCAUCAUCUUUCCAGCAAGCACGGGGCACAUCGUAGUGACAUCUGCCAGCAGCACUUCCGGUGUCGUUGCAGUGUCUGGGCAAGCAUUGGGCGGACCUCACAACCUGAUGCGUCGAAGCACUGUGAGCCUUUUGGACACCUACCAAAAAUGUGGACUUAAGCGCAAGAGCGAGGAAAUUGAGAACACAAGCAGUGUGCAGAUAAUUGAAGAGCAUCCACCAAUGAUUCAGAACAAUGCCAGUGGGGCCACGGUAGCCACUGCCACCACAUCCACUGCCACAUCCAAAAACAGUGGCUCCAACAGUGAAGGGGAUUACCAGCUGGUACAACAUGAAGUGCUGUGUUCCAUGACCAACACAUAUGAAGUAUUAGAAUUUCUUGGCCGGGGAACCUUUGGGCAAGUGGUCAAAUGCUGGAAACGUGGCACUAACGAGAUUGUAGCUAUCAAGAUCCUUAAGAACCAUCCUUCCUAUGCCCGACAAGGUCAGAUUGAAGUGAGCAUCCUGGCCCGGUUGAGUACGGAAAGUGCAGAUGACUACAACUUUGUCCGAGCCUAUGAGUGCUUCCAGCACAAAAAUCACACUUGCUUGGUCUUUGAAAUGUUGGAGCAGAACCUCUAUGAUUUUCUAAAGCAAAACAAAUUCAGCCCUUUGCCCCUUAAGUAUAUCCGGCCAAUCCUCCAGCAGGUAGCAACAGCCCUAAUGAAGCUGAAAAGCUUGGGACUGAUUCAUGCAGAUCUCAAGCCAGAGAACAUCAUGUUGGUAGACCCAUCCCGACAACCAUACAGGGUCAAGGUCAUAGACUUUGGUUCAGCUAGCCACGUGUCUAAGGCUGUGUGUUCAACCUACCUUCAGUCCAGAUAUUACAGAGCCCCUGAAAUCAUCCUUGGUUUACCAUUCUGUGAAGCAAUCGACAUGUGGUCCCUGGGAUGUGUUAUUGCAGAGCUGUUCUUGGGCUGGCCUUUAUACCCGGGAGCUUCAGAGUACGAUCAGAUUCGCUAUAUUUCACAGACACAGGGCUUACCAGCAGAGUAUUUGUUAAGUUCAGGGACAAAGACAACAAGAUUUUUCAACAGGGAUACAGACUCACCGUAUCCAUUGUGGAGGCUAAAGACACCAGAUGAUCAUGAGGCAGAGACGGGGAUUAAGUCGAAGGAAGCAAGGAAGUACAUUUUCAACUGUUUGGAUGAUAUGGCACAGGUGAAUAUGACAACGGAUUUAGAAGGAAGCGAUAUGUUGGUGGAAAAGGCAGACCGGCGGGAGUUUAUAGAUCUGUUAAAGAAGAUGUUGACUAUAGAUGCGGAUAAGAGGAUAACUCCGAUUGAAACUCUGAACCACCCCUUUGUCACCAUGACGCACUUGCUUGAUUUCCCCCAUAGCACACAUGUCAAGUCCUGUUUCCAGAACAUGGAGAUUUGCAAGCGGCGGGUGAAUAUGUAUGACACGGUAAACCAGAGCAAGACACCAUUCAUCACCCAUGUGGCCCCGAGCACAUCGACCAACCUGACCAUGACCUUUAACAACCAGCUGAACAGUGUCCACAACCAGGCCACCAACCUGGCUCCCACCUCCACCAGUGCCACUAUUUCCUUAGCCAACCCUGAAGUCUCCAUACUAAACUACCAAUCUGCACUCUACCAGCCUUCAGCAGCAUCCAUGGCUGCAGUGGCCCAGCGGAGCAUGCCCCUGCAGACGGGAACAGCGCAGAUCUGUGCCCGGCCUGACCCCUUCCAGCAAGCCCUCAUUGUAUGCCCUCCAGGUUUCCAAGGGUUACAAGCCUCUCCUUCAAAGCAUGCUGGGUAUUCUGUACGGAUGGAGAAUGCUGUUCCCAUUGUCACUCAGGCUCCCGGGGCCCAGCCUCUUCAGAUCCAGCCAGGUCUCCUCGCACAGCAGGCCUGGCCUAGUGGGACCCAGCAGAUCCUGCUCCCUCCAGCCUGGCAGCAACUGACUGGAGUAGCCACCCACACCUCGGUCCAGCACGCAACUGUCAUACCAGAGACCAUGGCAGGGACCCAGCCGCUGGCAGACUGGAGAAACACACAUGCUCACGGCAGCCAUUAUAAUCCCAUCAUGCAACAGCCUGCGCUUUUAGCUAGUCACGUGACUCUUCCCGCAGCUCAGCCCUUGAAUGUGGGCGUGGCUCAUGUCAUGAGGCAACAGCCAACCAGCACCACUUCCUCCAGGAAGAACAAGCAACACCAGUCAUCUAUGAGAAACGUGUCUACAUAUGAGGUUUCAUCCUCUCAGGCCAUCAGCUCCCCUCAGCGAUCGAAACGCGUGAAGGAGAAUACCCCCCCUCGCUGUGCCAUGGUGCACAACAGCCCUGCCUGCAGCACUUCUGUCACAUGUGGGUGGGGAGACAUGGCUUCCAGCACCACGCGGGAGCGGCAGCGGCAGACGAUAGUCAUUCCCGACACACCCAGCCCUGCAGUCAGUGUCAUCACUAUCAGCAGUGACACAGAUGAAGAAGAAGAACAGAAACAUGCACCCACCAGAAAAAGUGUAUUUCAAGAAAGGAUUUGGAAGAGAGGGUGGAAGCCAGGUGCAGUAAGAGAAAGCACCCUGUCCAAGCAAAGAAAAAACGUCAUCAGCUGUGUCACAGUGCACGAUUCGCCCUACUCUGAUUCCUCCAGCAACAACAGCCCCUAUUCAGUGCAACACCGUGGGGCACACAAUAAUGGGAACACCUAUGAUACAAAAGGGGUACCAGAGACCCACUGCAGCGGGAACCCCCGAACUAUAAUCGUGCCACCGCUGAAAACCCAAGCCAGUGAGGUGUUGGUAGAAUGCGAUAGCCUGGUACCAGUCACCACCAGUCAUCACUCAUCCUCCUACAAGUCCAAGUCCUCCAACAUCGUGACCUCCACCAGCGGUCACUCUUCAGGGAGCUCGUCUGGAGCCAUUGCCUAUAGGCAGCAGCGGCCAGGACCACAUUUCCAGCAGCAGCAGCCUCUUAAUCUCAGCCAGGCCCAGCAGCACAUCACGACUGAUCGCACAGGGAGUCACCGGCGACAGCAAGCCUACAUCACUCCAACAAUAGCUCAGGCUCCGUACUCCUUCCCACACAAUAGUCCCAGCCAUGGUACGGUUCACCCCCACCUGGCUGCGGCAGCAGCGGCUCACCUCCCCACCCAGCCCCACCUCUACACAUACACCGCCCCCGCUGCUCUGGGCUCCACAGGCACCGUUGCUCACCUGGUGGCCUCCCAAGGGUCUGCUCGUCAUGCUGUGCAACACACCACUUACCCGGCCAGCAUUGUCCACCAGGUUCCUGUCAGCAUGGGCCCUCGGGUUCUGCCAUCACCCACCAUCCACCCAAGUCAGUACCAGGCUCAGUUUGCCCAUCAGACCUAUAUCAGUGCUUCACCCGCUUCCACAGUCUACACUGGAUACCCGCUGAGCCCCACCAAGGUCAACCAGUACCCUUACAUCUAAACACUGGAAUGAGAAAGAGAGAGAGACCCGCAAAGAGGGAGUGAGGUGGCUGUUUUUAUACUGAAGAACAUGACAAACAAUGCAAUGGGAGGCUCACUUGAAACUUGAACGAAGGAGACUUUAAGGGAGAAAUGAGAAAGGAAAGAACUAAUUCUACACUUUUUAUUUAAAAAAAAAAAAAGAAAAAGGAAAAAAAAAGUGAGAAAAAUAAAACACAAAAUACAAAACCAUUCUGCACCAAACUGGGCGGGGGGAGGGGGAACAGAUGGACCCAACGUGGGUCCUGUUUUUGGAGAACUUCACCAAUAGACUUUUAAAGAUUAUUUUAAUCUGAUAAUGAGCUACAUUUAGGAAUUUGUUGUCCAGAACACCUAAAACAAAAUCCAUUAGGUUUUUAACCCAGUAAAUCUACGGAUUAGGGAUUUAUCCAGUAUUUCAAAGGGAUAAUGCCCCAUUUUUGCACUGGUCUCUGUAACCCAAAGGUGUGUGAGGUGUUUUCCAUGGGGGAAGGUAAAAGGAGGGGAGCAGACAGGGCUGGAGGAGGGGAAGAGAGGGAAUUUUUUCCAUCACUCUAAAUUUCAGACCUACCACUGAUAUGCUUAAAAUGUGUACACACAAACAAGAAUACGCACCAUUUGUCAAGAUCAGAAGCAUUUGGGGCUAUUUUUCCCUUUCUGUGAGCACCCUGGAUAAAUCCCUGAGAAAUGUUAUUCUUAAAAAAGUCUUUAAUAGUGUAUGUUGGAUUUCAGUUUCUUUAUUUUAUUUUAUUUGGAAAUUUUCUUUUUAAUCCCCAGCUCUUUUAGUGUAGGAGUAGAAAAUUUCUCUGGCCCCUUGGUAGAAUGUAGCACUAUACAGUACAUACAUCCUUUUUACUAUAUUGUGUUGAACUUCAAUGAUACCAAUAGACUAUUCCUCAAUGUGAUUGCACAAAAACAAAAACAAAAAAGAAAAAAAAAGAUAUAACAUAGGCAUGUAACAAAUGUGAUUGUCCAGGUAUGUAUGUAUAUGUGUGUAUGUGUGUGUGUAUGUGAGUGUGCGUGCACGCGUGCAGAUGCUGCCUUUCUCUCUGUGGUGUGUUCCUCAGCACAGCCAUUACAACUGUCACAGUCUUAGUUUUACAUCAUUCCCUUGUAGUGCCUUACCGAACUACAGAUGCGGUUUAAGGGUUUACUUCCACUGGUACUCCUAGAAACUGACUGAGGCUAGUCAGAAUUUCAUCUGAGCUCUUCUUCUUUUGCGGUGGUGUUGAUUUUGUGGUGGUGUUGAUUUUCUUCUUCUAGGUUAUUUUUCCACCCCUGUUGUUGCUUUGUAGUCAUUUGCCAACGUGCAGGUGUCAGGAAGGCUUGUGGGGGCUGGAAGGACAUUCCCCCAGAUAUCUGUUUAACAAUAUACGAGCUAGAAGUGACCAGAUUGGUCAUGAGACCCUAAUGUAGCUUCCCAAAGGGUCAAAGGUUGUGGGACUGUUUUUUUUUCCCCUUUGGGAAUAAAAAAUUUCCCCAUCAGACGUUUAAUUCUCAUUCUGCUGUUUGCUAACAUUCUUAGAGGAUUAGAAGGACAGAUUCCUCCCAUCCUUGCUUUACAAACAUCUAGAGUGUUACAUUGCCAGAGUACUAUGUCAGAGAGAAGGGGGAGUGGGGAUUUGAUCCAUCAGAGGGGGAAUGCUUAAGGACACUUCUAGUAGAAUUCCAAAGAUGGGGGGAAAAGAAAGCAAGAGAAUGAGAGAAUUCAGUCUAGAAAGUCAAACUCAGGUUUCCUGAGUGAAAAGAGAAAAUUUUGAGACAUCAAAGCCCUACCCGUUGUAAUGUAGUUAUGACCGUGUUCUUCCCCCCCACCCCAUCAUCCCAUUUGUAUAAAAGCUGUAUUAGAAUGCUGUUUGAACUUGGUGAAAAAAUUCUUGCUCUGGGUCCUCAGCUCCAAAGGAACUCUAAACGGUCUUGUUUUCGGGUAGUUUCCAAAGAGAGAUUUUCUUACGGCUGAGAGGGUUAAGAGGGAAAAGGCAAUAAAAAUAGGUGCACCAUUGCAUCAAUACUUAGAAUUUCAUGUGUACUUGGGGGUGAGGGGAGAAGAGCCCAAUAAGAAGAAGGUUUGGUGGCGUGUGCCCAUCAAAGAUUAGGUUUGCAUGGCCAUUCAGUGCCACUAUAGCAAGGAGUGUUUCAAGGUUUACUGCAAGGUGCUAGAAAAUGGCAGGUCAAUUGGCAGAGUGAAGAGGGAUGGAUCCCAUGGAUGGAGUUAAGGAAAAGGUUGAGAGAGAGAGAGAGAGAGAAACUGGCAAGAGACAAGCACAGCUGUAAUAUCUGAUCAUGAGCAUUUCUCCAGCCUUGAAGAAGGAAGGGAUCUCAAUAUGCAUAGAUUGGGCAAGAUUUAUUUUAUUUUGGUAAACCAUCAAGUAUCCCUCAUGUUUGCCAUUUCAGAUUCAUGGGCUAUCCUUGAACUGUUUUAUUUUCCCAUCUCUCCCUCGCUCCCACUAAAUAUAAUGUAAAUCAGGAUCUGAUCUCUCAGCAGCCCAUGCACCUUACAUUCUUCCUUUAGAAAGACCACACUUUCCCAUUUAUCAAAGCCAGGAAAUCCCCUAUUCUCCCUGUACGUUUCCGUUGCAUUCCUCUCAUGUCCUAUUGGUUCAGGUAUGAAAGCAUCAUGCUGCUUGUGUCAUUAAAAGGAAUAAUAUUGUUAUUUUACUGUAUGAUUGUUCUGAUUAUUAUUAUUUUAUUAUAUUUUACUCUGGGUUUUAAUUGCACAUGCAUUCCUGCAUCUUUGUGUUAUUUUUCGUUUAGUAUUAUUAUUGAUGUUGUUUUGUUAAUUUUAUUAUAAAUAGUUUCUCUUCAUCAGUGGCAUCAGAGGGGUCACUGUGUCUGUGAGAACUGCAGGAAGAGAGGAAGAUAGUUUUGUUCUGAGAAGACAAACUGCAGAGAGCAUAGAGGGAGCAGGGAAGGGACAUGCCGUGAGGACGUGUCAUGUAGGGAUGGACCAUUAUCCCCGAUGGCACCCCUGCAUUUCAGCACAAUACCAGAAACUUUCCCUUGGAGGCAGAGAGAAAACAGCAACCUACAUCAUUUUCUAGCAGCAGGGCUGGAUUAAAAGAGCAUGAGGGCCUGGGUCCGUAAGGUCCAACUCACCAUCACAUUGUAGCAUGUUUGGUGAGGCACUUGUAUGAAACCAAGACCAGGCCAUGUCCCCAUAAGCCCUUUAAUUAACCCAAGCUGGGGCUAAGUAUUAGAGCUCAGUUUCCCAGAGGGGAAAACAAAUGGUUGGCUCCUCAGAAGGUGCCUUAUCUACCCUCCAAGCUCUGAAUGAGAGAACCCGAAUGGAGGAAAGAAUGUGACCUCCCAGUCCAGUCACUGGAUAAACAACACUGGCAGACACUGAAGAUAUUAGCUUGUUAAAACCGAGCAGCAGGAAUAGCAAGAUACCUGUCCUGUUCCACCAUUUCUGAAGACUAAAGGUGUGUCCAUAUGGCCAAGGUAUUUGGCUUGUUUUUCUUCCUCCUUGAUAUAGCUGGUCUUUUAAUUAUUACUUAUGAAAUUUUAUUACGCUUUUUUGUUGUAUGGAAUUAUGUUUUCAGUUACAUCUUCUUAUUAAAGCUGUGGGUGUAGAGUCUGUGUAAAGGCCCUAAUUCAGCGGCACAUUUAAUCACAUGCUUGAGUGCUUUGCUGAAUAAGGAUGGACUUUAAGCACAUGCUUAAAGUCAAAAUAUUUGCUAAAGUGUAUCACUAUAUUGGGGCCAAUAAAGCAGGGAAGAGAGGAAGGGUUGGUUUUAAUCUCACUUACCAGAAUCUUUGAUUUAUUUAUUGUGUUUUGCCUGUACAUGGGUCUGUUUCGUUCCUCCACCACACGUAAAUCUGAUUUCUGUGGCAAUAGGGUGACAGAGCUUACAACGGUGCAUUCUGUGGUGUGAAGGAAUGCAUUGCAAAGUGGAAGGGGCAGUUAUUUGUUCUCUUUGUGCUGAGAGCAGAGCCAGGCAAGCAGUGGUUCUGAUCCCAGUGCUGUCAGAGUCAGCAUUGCUAGAAGGGGUUGUAAUAAGGAUGAACGAUGUAUCCGUAGUCUGAACUAUGUUUAUGUUGCAAUGAUAACUGAGGACUGAGUUUUGUUCUCGGUAGGGGGAUGCAAAAAAAUGCCUUUCCCUCCCUCUCUCUCUCUGAAAAUAUAGUAUGGUAAGUGCAGUACUGUUAGCCACAUGGGAGAGCAGACAAUGUUAGUAGAGGAGCUAAAUUCUUGACAGGCACACUGUUGGUGCUACACAAGUAACAAUAUCUGAAUUAUUUAGCUUGCAGAGACCUUUGGAGUUGAAAAUAGGAUUGAUGUGUUUUGGAAUGAGCUUGGGGUUCUUUGUGUGUGUGGAGCAAACUGCUUGAAAAUUUGAGGUAGGAAGUGAAUGGUUCAGUACUGGAAGUAUUACCGAUGGUUCCUGGUUGGCACAGUGUAGAAGGGACCCCUUUCCCCAUCACAGUGUCUUGCUUUCGUCUGAUGCUGGAAACGGGAGAGGUGAACAGACAUUGCCUCUCUUAGAGCUGGACAUUCAAAGUGCUGCUAUGAAACCAGAAUAUACAAAGAGGUGGAGGGACUGGUUGCCUUGAGCAGAAUGAAACAGCAUAAUGGACAAGCUAGAACUUUUCUCAGUGUAGACUGGGCCAAAUCCAGCUGUUUGAAGAAGCAACUGCAAUUGCAUUCCCCUCAGUGGAGCUGCACCUGCUUAUACCGGGGUUGCAUUUGACCCUCUGGGGAGAUUUUUACUCCCUCGCUCUCCGUAAUAGUUCUGUCAAGAAACAUUCCAGCAAAGGGAAGCUUCUGUUUCUGUCAUACUUCUUUUUUAUAUUCUCAAGGGAUUAUCCCUCCGAAUUUGGUUUGAAAGAAAUUCCAUUACCAAAUCUGAAAGGAAGAUAAAAACCCAUGUCUUUCUUUAACCAAAGAAGCUUAAUGAAUAAAUUUAAAUAAAGAAAGAGACCCUACCAAUUACAGAUACAGAAUAAAGUCACAGGCCCUGACUGUCAGGCAAUAAUGACAUGCUAUGGAAUUCUUUCUUUCUUUCUUUUUCUUUUCUUUCCGUUUCUGUCACUUGUUUAUGUUUAUUUAGCUAGCUUGUUGAGUGGAGAAAUUCAGUCACACUAAAAUAUUGCUGCUAUCCUACACUUUAGGGGACAUCAAAAACGUUAUGCUUCUUUCACUGUUGUUGUUGUUAUUAUUAUUUAUUAUUAUUCAUAGUAAUUACAAUGUAUCUUAUCACUGGCAACAACGCAGUGUUGAAAUUGUGAACUGUGUAAUGGGAAUAAGCUUCCGUAAGUGCCCCGUGCUUCUGUAGCAUUUAACUCUCCUGCUUUAGGACUCUGUUUGCAAUCUCUGUGCGUCAAUGCAAUGCUGUAACUCCUGUAAUGACGAAACCUCUGCAAAGUUGGGCAAACGCAGAAGAAUUGUUUGUGGAAGUUUGAGCAGGUUUGCCAUGGGUUGGCAAUCAGCUCAGCAAAGGGGUGUGUAGGGCUGCUUACGGGCCAAAUCCAGCUAUGAGUGCAGGGUCUGACUAAAUAUUCUUUGUUCGGGGAGUUCUGCAGGCAUUGAGGGAAAUAAUGCUCUCCUUCCCUGUCAGAGUGCAAAGCACCAGUGUGACCUAGGCCAUGGGCUGCAGUAGCAUCUGUACCCACUGUGUUCCCCUUCCCCUGUGUGGAUGUUUAGGUCAGUGGAUCUGCAGUUGUGGACACUCUGGCCAUACCCCCGCUGAUCCCCAAAUCUCCUCUGCACUACUGUAGAGACAGCCUCUGAAGAUAACUACUUUGCAAUGUGCAUGAUGUGUGGAGUCCUCCAAAUUCCCUCUCUGGAGUCUGGUCCUGUGCAUUAGGAUCACUUUAGUUCCUCUGCAUUUAAGGCCUCAGUUCUUAGAGAAAGGAAAAUGGGCCUGAGCCCUGGGCAUCCAGUCCUUGAGUCCAUAUGCUGUCAUACUCUGGCAGAGCUCCCUUUGAAGCCAAUGGGAAUUUUGCCUGAGUGUAGACCAAGUCAAGACUAUCAGUCGCAUUGAGCAAAUACCCUUUAUACACACUCUUUUACAGCAAAGGUCGCCAAUGUUGCAGUCACACUACUGUAAGCUAUAGUGUCUUGGCUCAUUGCUGUAGAAUUGUCUUUAAGAAGAGGCACAGCCCAUGCUGCCUGCCCCGGGUUCCAGGUACAUAGUAUGUCACCACGAGAUGCCAGCCCUUCAAAGUACGCCAUUGUGUUCCGUUGCUACCCAGCGGCUGCAGCAUAGCCCAGCCCUGAAGCUGUUCAAUUGCAUUAGGCAGUGUCACUGCAGGGUUAAGAGUUCAGACCAGAUGACUAAUUUGGAACUCAGUCCUGCAGGUGCUUAUGCCCUUGAAUAACUUUACUCCACUUUGGUCCCAGAGUGUUCCUGGACACUCUGUUGCUCAAGUUGCUCAAGUAUGCAAAUGUUUGCAGUAUCCAGCGCUAGAUAAGCAGACCAAGACUGAUCUCAGCAAACACAAGAUGCUCUCACUGGAGAAGGAAACACCACGUAUUGCAUCAAAUGUGAAAUUUUAAUGGGAAAUUAGCUUGACUUUUCAGGAGUCUUAUGAAGUAUACUAUGAGGCUUUGCUUUCUGCAUCUCUAGAAUGAGAUUGAAAUUUACAUUUCUCACGUACGGGUUAGCUUGUCCUUCCAGUUUUAGCAGUGCUGCUAUAACAGACUCUUCAUGUGUGUAUGAAGAUAAAGUUUUUGUUUUUAAUCUUUUGCUUGUCAUAGUUAAUCCAAGAAAGGCAAUACUAAAGGUAUAUUUUUUCCAAAAAUGAUAUUUUUUACUGCACUGAUAAAUAUUGUGACAUCUCUGAUCUUAACUCUUUAGCUGUAGGGGGAAUUAUGUGCAGAUUCACAUAGAUCUUGUAAAUACUUGUGUGUGGGUCUGACAGCCAGGGACUUUUUUUUUUCUUUCUUUCUUAAAAAAAAAUAAAUAAAAAUAAAAAUGGAACGGUUUCCUCUUUGAGAUGGACAGCAAUGCUGAGAGCAAAAGAAAAGCUUAUCCCACUUUCAGAACAUAGCCAAGGAACUUUUGCAGUGCUGGCAUGGAGUUGAUGAUAAUGCAGACGUGUUUUGAUUUUUUUUUCCAGCGAAUUGAUUGGAAAGGAGAAAGUAAGUUAGAAAAGCUUUGGUCUGGAAUUCUGAUCAGAAAUGUUGUUCAUCAGCCACAUGGCGCCUCUUAGGGUUUUGUUAUAUUUUGUUUCUUAAUUCAUCUUUAUCGACUGGUUAGAGGCUUGUUUGCCUGGGUUCUAGGUUGGUCUAUAUGUGUUUUACCAUUCUAGAACGCAUUGACUCCAUUGGAAGCAAACCCAUCUGAUCAGGAUUCUGGAUUCUGAUUGGUUUAAAAGGUAUUCUGGAGCUAUGGUGGAAUACCUUCCAUUUUUUAAAGAAGGAUUUAGAUACACUUAUAUUACACAAACUGUGACCUAAUGGCAAUAAUUACCUCAAAUGUGGGCAUUCAUCCUGGUUUUAGCCUUUUUGAAAACAUGUAGCCAGCUUGAACUUGGGUUUCAAAGACUAUAAACUCUGUAUGGGCGGAAUAAUGAUAAAUGCCCACCCUGGUCAUUGUUGCUUGAGUGAAUUCUGAAGACCGUGAUUCUUUAAAACAAAAACAAAAGAAACCAAGGAAUAGAUUACACUUUUAUGUAUUGUAAUCAAUUGUUAAAAUGCACAUGUAAGUAUAUAUGUUUAUAGCUACUGUAAAAUGCUUUGGCCUUCUAGAAGAUAUUUAAUGAGUCACAUUUCAAACCCAUAUGAACUGAAUAAUAGACUGUGGCUACUUAAACAGUUUUCUGGCUACAUUUUAUAGUUAUUACAGUGUUUUAUAGUUUACAUUUAAACUGGUACUUUUUAAGGGAAAUUUCUGUUUGUAAAUGACACCUUCAAAAACUCAAUACAGCUGCCUCUAUUUUUUAAUUUUGCCCUUUUAAAACAGAAAAGUACAGGUGUGUCUUUAUUACGUAUAUUCUGUUUUGAGAGAUAACAUAGUAUUGGAAAGUGAGUUCAGAUCAAAGAAUCCACCUUAUUCCAAAGUAUGGUUAAGAAACCGCUCCACACAUACUGAGGUAUAGUCCAACACAUGAGCUAUUUAUUUUUUAAUAACAAACUUUAAUGAAACUCCUUGGGUUGAAGCAUGGAGCACAAUACGUCCAAAUCAACUAUCCUCUGUAGGACCAUAACCUGGAUGAAGAUACCUGUAUAAGGAGAAAGAAGGAUAUUCAAAGGAAGGGAUGUACUGUUUUGUUCAUAACUCAUUAGCUGAACUAUUGAUUCCUGAGCUAAUGAAUCCCUAUGUUGUUUUGGAAUUGUUGUGGGGUUUUUUGGUGUGACAGCCACUCAGAGAGGCAAUGCUGUAAUUUGGCUUUCCUUCUGUUCAUCCCUUUUAUACAAGUGACUCCACCCUAGAAACAUUUUGAACCAGUGAACUAAAUACAAAGUCCAUUGACCAUUUCUCUGUAAAUUUUAUUAGUGAAUGGUGGUACCGUUUGGUGCUGUUUCAUUGUUAUGGGUUGUCGUAUAUUUUGCAUUUUGAUGUAACCUCUUUUUUUCAGUCUCACUUCACCAUGAGUAUCUGUCUAGUUUUGUCUUUGUUUUCUUUCAGUUGAGUAACCAAUGAACACAGUGUAAAUGUCUUGCUGGGCAAAGUGGUACUUUUAGAUAGUAAAAGUACAUGAAUUGGCAUUUUAAAAAAAUCUGUCUGAAGUACUGAGCUUCAGUUGUGGAGCUCAGGUAAUCUCAACAAAGCUCCUUGCAUCUUUCAGUGAGGCCUGACACAGCUACACUGUUGAUCUUGGCAGUUGAAUGAAGUUACUAGAAAACAACAGUGAUACUUUACAGUUAGGCCCCUGUGCUGCUGGUGGUAAAAUCAGUGUCAGAACUCCCCAUUGACUUCAAUGGGAGCAGAAUUGGUCCCGAGCCCCUCCAGUAACUCCAUUCAGUGCCAGGUACCCUCACUGUAACUCACAUUACCAAAGCGAUAACUUAUCAGGACUAGGUUGCCAUUUGGUGAACUAAACAGAGGACUGUUAGCAGCCCUUGGGCAAACUGGAAAAUGUAAACCCCCUAACUGACCACAGUCAAAAAAUCAACAGCCCCUAAUCAUUUUACUGCCCUCAGCAACAGCCUGUUCUGCCUCUUUAUGGCACGAGCCAGUCCUGGAAAUACCAGCUCAUUGGUUGAAGGAGCUGCAGAGCUUUUUAAAUACUUGGAACUUGUAAAGCAAGAAGGGGUUUCUAAUACUGGCAAUGCACAUCCCUUAUAAUCUGAAUGGUUACAUAUAGCACUUCUGUCCUCCAAAAGGAAAUACAAUAUUCUUCAAUGCUUCCACAUUUGGUGGUUACAUACAACACUUCUGGGGUUUUUUUGUUUUGUUUUGUUUUUGCUUUAUUCCUUAUUUGUUUAGUUUUGGUUUUCGUAUUCUUAAAAUGAUACUUCCACGGAUAUUCCAGGGCACAGCCAUUUCAGAUGUAGAAAGUAUCCUCUCAUCCCAUGUGUUUCACCAACAAAGUAAACAAGGCAUUUUGGGGGUAUCGGAUUCUACUUGGACAGAAUUGGAAUGUAGCUUGUAUAUUCUAUACCAAACCAAAUUUCUGAAAGGAGAGGAAGUGUAAUGAAUAGCUUUAUUAAAAGGAGAGAGAGAGAGAGAGAGAGAGAGAGAGAGAGAAAGAAAGAAAGGGGCAUCUUGGAAGUUGAAGAGUCUAGACUAGGGUAGCUAACUAAAACUAAGAGGUGAAACAGUUUUUCUAAAUAGUGAAUCCUCUUAUAAAAGGGGGAAAGUGAGAAAAUGUUUUAUAUCUUUUGAACUGUCCACAAACCCAAUGUACUCUAGAUGGAAAGUGGAAGUUAGCAUACACUGUGCCAGAAUUGUAAAGAGGAAGAGAGGAAAAAACCCAUGAAAAUAUCAAAAAUGCAAGGGAAAAGAUGCCCUCUGGCCCCCUCCCAGUAUCUUGGAUGGUUCUUUCUCUACAGUGUCAUCUCAGCCCACUAACCCCAUGAAAGCCCUGAUCUGUUGUGUUCCUCCACUGUAUGGUUUCUGUAAUAUGAGUGUUAAUCUUUGUGAAAAUUGUAUGCAACAGUAUUUUCUUGUGUACUGCUUUUUUCCUAUGUGAAUUGUCUCUCUUUUUUUCUUUUUCCUUUUUGUCUUUUUCUUUCCCCCUCCCCACCUUUUUUUUGGUAAAUAUAUAUUUCUUCUUUUUUAAAAAACAAACAAACUGAUGUGUUGUAGACCUAUAUGUAACCUAUUCCUUAGGCUCAUAUUAUAGGUAUGUUAUAAGAAUGGAUAUUUUACUUGGCUUUAGAAUGUUUUACAAGAAAACUAAUUCUUAACCAAUCAAGUUCUUGCUACUAAAAAAAAAAUGCUUGUGUUUUUCAUCAUGACGUUGUGUGCUUCUAAUUAAUAAUCAUUUUCGUUGUAGAAAAAUGGAGUGAAUUUAUAUUAGUCUUGGAAACUAAUAAUAGCAUUGUAAAUUUAUGAGAUGAUUUUAACAGAAAAUACAUUAUAGAAGAAUAUAGUUAUUUUAAUUGUAAUAUUACUAACCGUAGGGUGAGAAAGGAGGUCCCGUUGUGGUGAACUAUGUUAUAGCUUGUUAUUCACGGUUUCUUUUUGAUCAUUUUUUCGGUCUCUGAGGUGAAACGAGUUAUUAAUCAGAAUUUGUAAACUCACAUAUGCAUAUUGUAUAUGUGUAGAAAUGUAAUCACACUUUGUCUUGGAAUUACAUUAAACUGUUUUAAGUCACUGCAAA